AAUUUUCACAUGAGCCAGUUGUUCUGAAAAUGUACCAACGAGUAGAGCUGCUGAUUCUUGCAUCAAUGCAUUUGUGAAAAAGUGUUUUCAAAAUUUUCAUAGAGGAAAUUUUAUUGAUUUGAACGGUUUUUUUGUUGAAAUAAAAUUUUCUUUCAAUUAACAAAAUGACCAAACAAGAUGAAAAGAGUAUUGGAAAAAUUUUCACCAUUGAAGCUUUGGGUAACGACAAUAAAAAAGUGUUGGAAGUUAAAAGCCAUAGUUUUGAUGAAGCCAUCAAACUAGUCGGAUUUGGCCGAAUCAGUCAGCAUAUUUUUUUGAUGUCCGCGCUUGUCAUCCAGGCCGUUUCCAACGAGACCAUGGGAAUUUCUAUUCUGGUACCCGCGGCACACUGCGAUUUGAAUUUGUCGGCAACUGACAAGGGAAUGCUAACAGGAGUGAGCUUUGCCGGAAUCAUCCUGACGUUGCAUCUAUGGGGAUAUCUGGCAGAUACCAAAGGGCGCAAAAAUGUGAUCAUUAUUUCACUGAUACUCAACUUUCUAUGUUCGCUGCUGUCGAGUAUGGCGGGUGAUUUCGUCACCAUGGUGAUUCUUCGGUUACUUGUCGGAAUGUGCAUUUCAGCACCGUCGGCCACCAUCUACGCAUAUUUGGGCGAAUUUACGAAUACUGAGAAGCGAACCAUGAUAAUAUCUUUUGCCAGUGUUGCUGUCGGAUUAUCGUCUAUCUUUACCGGAGCUCUCGGUUGGUUAGUUUUAUCGUUCGACUGGCGCGUCGAUCUUUGGGGUUUGGUGGAAUUUAGGCCGUGGCGUUUGCUGUUGAUCCUGUACUCGUUGCCCGGUGCGAUUGCUGGUGUUUGGAUGAUCUUCCUGCCCGAAAGUCCCAAGUUCUAUCUUUCCCAAGGAAGGGAUGAUUUGGCACUGAAGGUAUUGCAGAACAUGUUCCUGGGUAACAAUGCAGGUGCUACGCUAGAUGAGUUCUCCGUUCGACGGAUAACUCCGGAAGUGUGCGAAGAUGAUGUAGGCAAACAGAGGAAAGGAUUUUUAGCAGUUCUAUGUGGCAUGUGGAAUCAAACGACUCCGCUGUUCCGAAGACCAAAUCUGCUAUAUUUUAUCGUCUGCUGUGCGCUACAGUUUGGAAUGUAUUUUGUGUCUGCUGGAAUGGGUUUAUGGUAUCCAGAGAUUAUCAACCAAUUGACAUCGGUUGUCCGGAACAAUUCGGAAGGUAUCUGCGAUAUCAUAGAAGAUCAGAACGACUCCGAUAAAGAAUUCGCUCUAAACGAGGUUGCCAAAUGCGAUGAUCAUAUGACACAAGAUGUUUUUAUUUACGUCAUCGUUUUGGGAUCAAUCUACGCCGUUUCUUACCUCGCUGUAUCCGCAGUUCUGCGCAAAGUGAAACGAGGUUAUAUCCUGUUCUUCAAUCUGUUCAUCUCCGGAACGUUCGGAAUGCUGUUGUUAUUCAUCGAUAAUAUGUAUCUCGUGCUAAUGCUGUUUUGUUCGUUUAUGGUCUUCGCCGGAGUCUCAAUAUCACUGGUAAACGGAGCAGCUGUGUCCAUAUUUCCUACCAACGUUCGAGCGAUGGCAGUCGGGUUGAGUCUUAUGAUGGGCCGAUUGGGCAGUGUUGCCGGUACCAACCUAAUCGGACUAAUAAUGGAGAGAAACUGCACGAUGACGUUCGUUCUUUUCGCAGCAAGCUCCCUGAUGGGAGCCGUUUUGACACUCAUACUUCCCCGACGGUAGCUGAAUCUUGUCUUGAAUUUCAAGAAGCGUGAGCGCGAAUUACGGAGAAAACUUUUUUCUUUCAAAGAGAUGGUGGAAAAUUCAACAGAUUCGAGUUCAAACCGAAAAAAAUAAAGUCUCAAGAAUGCCUGUACGGCGCUAAGAUAAGAA